GGCGCGCCUUGAAUACAAAAGCCUGCACACAAGCAUGACAUGUUGGUUGUUCUUGUGGCCCCUUCUAUGUCCAGAGAAAUCGAUAAUCAAGUCAGAAUGGAUGGAGCAAGGUUGGACGAUUUAAUUCUGAAACUGUACGAUGUGGAGGCUGUCAAAUUUGGCUCCUUCACGCUGAAAAGUGGCAUUCAGUCGCCUGUCUAUUUCGACCUGAGAGUCAUGGUUUCCUAUCCUGAAAUAAUGGCUGAGGUGUCUGAGUUACUGUGGGAGGCAUCGGUUGAGAGCAAAGCUGACUUCAGUGUCGUGUGUGGUGUGCCUUACACGGCCUUGCCAUUGGCAACGUUGAUGGCAGUGAACCACAAUAAACCGAUGGUAAUACGACGCAAAGAAGCAAAGGAUUAUGGGACUAGGAAAAUGAUAGAGGGCGCUUUCCAGCCUGGGGACCACUGCCUGAUUGUGGAGGACGUCGUCACUAGUGGCGGCAGUGUUAUGGAAACAGCACAGUCUCUCAGUGCUGUUGGCAUGAAAGUGAAGAAUGCUGUGGUUUUGUUGGAUCGAGGGCAAGGAGGAAAGAACAGAUUGGAACAGCGAGGCAUACACUUACAAAGCGUCGUAACCUUACCCAAGGUUCUCCAAGUCCUAGAGGAUCAUGGGAAAUUGGAAGCCGAGGUGGUUGCUGCUGUGAAGCAGUUUAUCGUCGACAACACCUUCCCUGACGAAGCAAAGGUCGCGUCCCCUGAGAAGCCAUCCGAUGCAAAGAGGCCUCGACUGUCUCGCUAUGAACAGCGGGCCGAGUUGUGCCAGCAUCCGGUUGCCAAGCAACUGUUUACCAUCAUGGCCGCCAAGCAGACCAACCUUGCCGUCUCUGCUGACCUCGCAUCUUGUCAGCAAGUUCUUGAGCUUGCAGACAAAGUCGGUCCCUACAUCUGCCUCCUCAAGACGCACAUUGAUAUCCUGGAGGAUUUCUCUGCCGAGUUUGUGACAUUGUUGACGGCCCUCGCCAGUAAACAUAACUUCCUGAUAUUUGAGGAUAGGAAAUUUGCAGACAUCGGUAACACCGUCAAGCACCAGUAUGGUUCCGGACUCUACAAGAUCGCCGACUGGGCACACAUCACCAAUGCCCACGCUGUGCCCGGUGCCGGGGUGGUACAGGGAUUGAAAGAAGUGGGCGGGGCAAAAGGGAGGGCGUGUCUCCUCAUCGGCCAGAUGAGCUCGGCAGGAAACCUAGCAACUGGAGAAUACACACAAUCAACCGUAAAGAUGGCGGAGGAUAAUGCAGACUUUGUGAUUGGGUUUAUAUGCACGUCGGCACUGUCAUCGGAUCCAAAAUUCAUUCACAUGACUCCCGGUGUGAAACUUGCCGAGGGAACUGAUGCCUUGGGCCAGCAGUAUUUGACCCCUGAAAAGGUCAUCGCUAAGCAAGGCAGUGACAUCAUCAUUGUGGGCAGGGGAAUUUACCAGGCUGCAGACCCAGUAGCAGCUGCCAAGGCUUAUCAGGAGGCUGGCUACGCUGCUUACAUGAGUCUAGAGUCUUGAAGGUAGAAAAACAAACGGCUGCCAAAACUGUAACUUCUCUGAGAAGAAGCUCUUAAUCUGCUGAGAUUUGAGGCCAAGGAAACAUUCAAGACCACUCUUGACUGUGAGCAGCUCAGUUAUGAUGUGAAGGAACGGUAGAUGGUCAACUCACGAAAAGCUAGUGGAGGAAUACAGCACAUAGGUUCUUUCAAAAGUCCACAAUUAUUUUUUUUUUUAAAUAUUGGGUAUGUUUUUUGCCCAGGCUUUGGAUAUUAUUUCCUAUUGAGAGUAAAAGCGCGUUUUUCUCCUCAAUAUUGUGGACAAUGUUUUGGAUGCCAGGAUACCAUAGCGAGUCUGGAUUCAUCUUUCCACUUGCGUCCCGGUUUUAUUCAAAUUUUCAAAAAUUACUGAAAUAUUCGUAAUACAGUAAGCAGGCAUGCAACCUUUCCUCGGAUCCGCUGAUUUCCUCGUUUUUUUUACUUCUCAUGAAUGCCAUUACAAAUUGAAAAAUACUGUACAAAGUCUUGAUGUGUGGUUUGGAAUUUCCUCGUUUUUGUCUAAAUUCCGAGUUGCAUGCUUGAGUAAGUCUCUGUACUGAUGACGUCACACUUUGUUUACGUGUGCGCUUUUUUUAUGGGGCUACGAAACCGUCGUUCCCACCAGGCUUCCAUAAGAAUGCACACAUGUAAACAGAGCCUGGUGUCAUCAGUACAGAGGCUUGCUGAAAAGGUUACCAUCUGAAAGAUGUGCAAAAUGUAGUUUUAGUUUUCUUUUUUGUUCUCUCAGAAAGGCUUAAUUAGAGAAAUUCGGAAUGCCAAGAAUUCUUCAAAUCAUUGUUUUGGGGUACGUUUAAUUAAACACAUGGUAUCUAUGUACCAGAUAUAACUGAUGUAUUUUAGUCUGUGUUUCAUUCUGUAUUGGGUUUUAUUAUUAUGACAAAAAGAUUUUCAUGAUUUGAUUGUGAUCCUAAUUAAAAGACAGAGAAUAACAUGA